AUGAUGUCCUACAAUGAUAACGAAUUAAUAAAUGUACUAUGUGAGAUAACUGAAAUAAAGUCAAUGAGAGUAGCUGUUAAAUCAUCUCUUCAAUCUGGAGUUGUGGUUGGUACUGCCGCGGCCGUUGGCGGUCUUCUUCUUGGUCCACGUGGCAUUGCAAUUGGAGGUUUAGCUGCUAGUCUCGGCACUGCGAUGGCGAUGGAGAGACGAUUCAAAUCUGUUCCUGAAAUUUUAAGAAACGAUCUAACUGCAAAACAGAAAAAUGAAUUGAUGAAAGCAGUAAGAAAAUUAUUAACCGCCAAGAAUAUUAUGACAGUAGCAAUGUUAAUCUCUGAAAGAGGUGUCCUACAGACUCUUAUAAGAUUGAUAAGCAACUUUUUAAAAAGACUAAACUAUAAUUUAUAA